AAAUAAUUGAUAUUUAUGUUAUUUAAAGACUUGUGGUUGACUCGGUUUGCUUCUUCGUCCCUUCCCUUCUACACACAGUGCGUACUCACAAAUCACUCAUAUAAAAUGACUCCAAAUCCAUAAGCUCAUUUGCAACUCCAAUAGAAAGAAAUUAAAGAGACAAAAAAAGUAUAAGUGUUGAUCUGCUACUUACUUCGAUAUACUCACUAAACUCAGAUCUCGAAGUCUCAGCUAAAAAGAUGAAGAAAGUAGUGCUGAAGUUGGAGUAUCUCGAUGACAAAGUCAAGCAAAAGGUCAUGAAAAAAGUUUCUGUUGUGUACGGGUUGGACUCAAUUUCGAUAGAUACAAAGGACAAGAAAUUGACAGUAACAGGAACCAUAGAUCCAGUUGAAUUAGUUUCAAAAUUGAAGAAGUUAUGCCACACUGAGAUAGUCUUUGUUGGACCAGCAAAAGAGCCUGAUAAGAAGAAAGAGGAAGCAAAGAAGGCUGAUGACAAAAAAGGAGACGAUAAGAAGAAAGAGGCAGCAGCAAUAAAGGCAUAUCCAGUACCAGUUUGCUACCAAUAUCAACCACCUUAUCUGCAAUAUCCAGCUCGUUAUCAUCACUAUCAUAGUAUGGAAGAAGAUCCAACGGCUUGCGUUAUUUGUUAACUUCAUAUCGUGUUCAUUUUGGGUGGUUUCACACCUCUAAUUUCUUUCUUUCAGGAAAUUUAUCAUAUAGUUUGGUGUGUGUUCAAUUAUCACUGUCGUCCUUGAUAAAUUCCCUUACCUAUGAAAAAGAUAUUACUAAGGCAAUUUCAAAAAUAGCAUAGCAAUAGUUUUAUGAUUAUAUAAUAUAUCAAGUUGUAUUUUA